GCAGGCAGACACCCUUACAGGGGCCGUCAGGGAAGGCGGCCGGGCGCUAUCUGCUGGGGGCCUGGCGGCCGUAUCGUGGCAGGCGCGGUGCCCGCGGGUGGUUCUCAGGGUGUCAGGUCGGCAGGGCAGGCGGGAGGCCUGGAAGGUGGAGGAGCUCCGGUAGGAGGAGCAAACUUCUUGAAGCCUGGGGAGGACUCGUUCUCUCUUUGCUCUUUCCCUCCCCUCUCUCCUCUUCGUUCCUGCUCCCCUUUCUCCAAAUCAGUUCCCCAGCAACCGAGGAGACAGACCUCUUCAUUUCCCGCGUUUCCUCGAGGUCUCCUUCCCCCAGCACCAGUCAUCACCACGUGACAACAGAGCAGCACACGUCCUGAGCUUUACAGCAUCCCAGGGGCCGACGCUGGUGCUUUUUCCUGGUACAGGUUGGAAGCCUGUCUCUGAGAUCCUGAAGCUUUUCCUGCUGGUACUCGCCUUCCCUAGUAACCCUCCACCCCAAGAGAGUCCCAGAAAGAACCCCAGGGGGCCUCCUUGCUACCGCACAACAGACCUCACCUUCCACUACCAGGGUUAAGUCAGAUCCGCCCGAGGAAGAUUCUGCCCACGUUUCCCUCGAGCUAGUCUGCAGGCCCCUUCGGCUGGGACCCUCUCCCAGGAGCUGCCCAUCUGCAAACAGAGAGCCCACAGUGCCUCGGGAAAAAUUGGCUGAAUAAAAGGGCAAUCAGGACGCCACGGCUCCGCCUGAAGCGAUGGCCCAGCCCUACCCCCCGGCCCAGUACCCCCCUCCGCCACAGAACGGCAUCCCCGCCGAGUACGCCCCGCCGCCACCGCACCCCACGCCGGACUACUCAGGCCAGACCCCGGUCCCCCCAGAGCACGGCAUGACCCUGUAUACACCAGCACAGACCCACCCGGAGCAGCCCGGCGGUGAGACCAGCACACAGCCCAUGGCAGGGGCCCAGACAGUGCCGCAGACAGACGACGCGGCACAGACGGACAGCCAGCCGCUCCAUCCCUCCGACCCCACAGAGAAGCAGCAGCCCAAGCGGCUACACGUCUCCAACAUCCCCUUCCGGUUCAGGGACCCCGACCUGCGGCAAAUGUUCGGGCAAUUCGGAAAAAUUUUAGACGUGGAGAUCAUUUUUAACGAGCGGGGCUCCAAGGGUUUUGGGUUUGUAACUUUUGAAACUAGCUCAGAUGCUGACCGAGCCCGGGAGAAGCUGAAUGGGACGAUCGUAGAGGGACGGAAAAUUGAGGUCAAUAACGCCACGGCCCGAGUCAUGACCAACAAGAAGACUGCCAACCCCUAUACCAACGGCUGGAAGCUAAAUCCGGUGGUAGGGGCAGUCUAUGGACCCGAAUUCUAUGCGGUGACGGGGUUCCCCUACCCCACAACCGGCACAGCUGUUGCCUACAGGGGCGCGCACCUACGGGGCCGGGGCCGGGCUGUGUACAAUACGUUUCGGGCUGCGCCGCCCCCGCCCCCCAUCCCGACUUACGGAGCGGCACUGGAGCAAACGCUUGUUAAAAUGCCAGUCCCAUGGGCAGGGCUGGCACCCUGCCCCCUCCCUCCUCAGCAGACACCGGAGCCGGCCUACCCCACCUCUCCAGCGUUCCCACCACUUUCUUGUCCGUUUGCUUCCAGGGUCGUGUAUCAGGAUGGCUUUUAUGGUGCUGAGAUUUAUGGAGGCUAUGCCGCCUACAGAUACGCUCAGCCCGCAGCAGCCGCGGCCGCCUACAGCGACAGUUAUGGCAGAGUCUACGCAGCUGCUGACCCCUACCAUCACACCAUCGGCCCCGCGGCGACCUACAGCAUUGGAACCAUGGCUAGCCUCUGCCGAGGAGGGUACAGCCGCUUCACCCCCUACUAGCAAGAGGCCCAGCCCCUAACAGCAUUCACACUGACUGCCUAGUACACACCAAACCCAGCAGUCCAAAACCAGGCACAGCCACCAGGAGGACAGUGCGCCCCUCCCGGUCAGCGACGCGCGCCGCUGACCUCUGCGACUCUAAGUCCAUAGGUUUUACCUCCGGCCAACUGGUCUCCCCGCCACGAUGGCGUGUGUGUCUUUGACCCUGGUCACCCCCGUAUGUCUGAAACCUUGGUUCCUAUUUUGACUCUGUUGACGUUGUGUGCCCCCCCCCGAGCCAUUUCAGGUACAGUAUGCACACAGUGGGAGGGGCUAGGCUGGCAGAAGACCCCUCCCCGAGAACUAGCAAUAGAGCCCGAGAGGGCCAUGCCCACUCCCCAUGCCCCCGGGCCACAGAGCCACGGAAGAUGCCAGCCCGGCCUCCCCAGGAAGCCACCCCAACCAGUCUGGGCCAGAGCCCCGGCCCCUCCCCUGGGGUUCAGGAAGCAAGGGGCUCCCGUCUGUCUGCCUCAGUCGGUGGGUUCCUAGCCUCGACAGUACUCCUCCCUCCCCAUCGUCACCCAGCUAAUCACAGGAGUAAGUGUCUCUGCCCUCUGUCCCCAUCCAGCUAAACUAACAUUUCUGAUUAAACUUUAUUGAUGUUUCCUGCUGAAGUUGUCACAAGUCGUGCGGGAGCCCCACCAGCCUCAGGGGUUCCUUAGUCUCUGUUAUAAGAAGGGAGAGCGUAGGGAGAAAUUUCCCUGCCCCAGAGCCCAAAAGCGGUCCAGCCCUGCAGCGCCCGAGGGCCCUCCGCUCAGCCCGUCUGCCUCACCGCCCACAGUCUGUCCUCUCCAGCCACAGUCUUGAGAUGGGGUCCCUGCCAGCCUGGCACCUGGGUCUGUGCAGCGCCAGAGUGCAGCACCAUCUCCCCUUCCCCAACCUGAAACGUUCUUAUCCAGGUACAUUUCCGGGGGGGGGAGUCUGAGUGAGAGAGCAGGGGAGGGUGGUGCCCGUCCUCCGGACUCCCUGGCGGAACAGUGCCCAGCGUCCACCUGCCGUCCCGAGAGGCCUGGGGCUUAGCUCUGUUGCAGGGCUCUGGGGCCUGCAGGUGAAGCUGAGACAGCCGCGGGAGCUUUUGGAAGUUUCAUAUGCGGCCCUGGUACCUCUGCGACAGGAAAAAGUGGCAAGGACCAAGGAGGCCCAGGUCUCCUACGUGCCAGAGCUGGGCUUCCAGGGGUGUGGACGCAGCUAGAGGGUGCAGGUCCCCGCCAGCCAGGGCGUGAGCCUCCGCCGACUCCACCAGCACAUCUGUCCUGGCUGGUGGAGUGGGCAGGUCACACGCAGGGUGCCCAGCCAACUCACCACCACUGCCCAGAGCACCUUCUCAGCUGCCUCAUUCCAGACCCCCACGUGGCCCAUGCAGCGUCAUCCACCCACCACGCCCUGACCUCUGCCCUCAUCUGCGCCGAGCAGCCAGACCCUGCCCACCCAGGUCUUAGCAGAGUCCACCAGCUGCGUCUGCCAGCUGCGCUCAUCCCGGCUGCCCUGUUCUGCCCCCACCACCGGCCGUGCCCUCUCUGCCCUGGAGGCCGGAGGUCUGCAUUAAAUUCCCUUACGCAAGAUGAGGGGGCUCCUGAAGCUGGGAGUGGGGCCGGUUUGGGGGCGCCUCCUCUCUUCCCUCCUGGCACCCGGGGUCCCGGGUCCCGCUGCCCCGGCAGCACGCCUGGCCGGUGCUCCUGUGAACUGCAAGUCGCGCCUUUCUGUUUCUG